CACUGAAUAAAGUUGUUUCUCAUUACAUUUGCUUGUGUAGUGUUGCUGGAGUCUCCACAUCAAAUUAAUUACAAUAGUCCAGCCUAUAAGUAAUAAAUGCAUGAAGUAAUUUUUCAGCAUCACUCUGAGCAAGAAUGUUUUUAAUUAAAGGGAUGUUGCGUAAAUGCAAGAAAGCAGUGCUACAUAUUUGCUUAAUAUGCACAUUGAAGGACAUUUCCUGGUCAAAACUCCAAGAUUCCUCACAGUGUUACUGGAGCCCAGGUAAUGCCAUCCAGAGUAAGAAUCUGGUUAGACACCAUGUUUCUAAGAUUUCUAUCUGAAUUUAGAAACAGGAAAUUAGAGGUCAUCUAGGCCUUUAUGUCUUUAAAAUGAUAGUGACUGACAUAUAACCAGUAAGUCUCGGGUAGUCAACCUCUUUUGCAAAUGUUAGGAAUAAGUUUGGUUUCUACUUGAUACUGUCACAGAGCUGCUGCAAAAGCUUCCUGAACUACAGAAGCCCCCUGUCCCACCAAAGCCUCCAUUCAGAGAUCCCCAGGUGAGACUUGGUAGAUGGUAUGAAAUCCAGUUUACUGUAUACCCAGCGUCAACCAUGGGAGUCUUUGCUUAUCCAUAAAAUAAAUGAAAUGUUAGGGGCUUUUGCAUGUCUUUUGCUUUCCUUCAAUGUAGGGUGUACUGAAGAGAACGAAACGAAACGAGCCCAGUCUCCUACAUUUAAAAGCUCGCGAAGAGAUGAUUUUUCCAGGUUGGUACACAGAGCCACAGCCAUCUAAAGGUCUGGAGCAACGGCGCCGUGAAGUUAUCCACCUAACUUCUCAGCCAUCCUCUAAAGAUGCCACUGACCGACAGGUUGUGCCAAAGAGACUUGUAAGACCUAAGAAACCGAGUCUCCAACACUUAAAAGCCUCUGAGCAGUCAUCCAAACCAAAAGAUCUGAAACAAAGGGACCAUGAAGCUGUCCACCUACCUCCUCUGCCAUCCACUAAAAAUGUCCAAGAGCCCUUAAAGGAUGUGAUAUCAACCCCUCCUCUCCCAAGGCUUCCCAUUAAGAGUUAUAUACAGCGGGACCCUACUUCCAAAUCUCAACUUAACGAGUACCACAGUACUGACUUUGUUUUGACUGACAGUCAAACUGUGAUUUCGGGGUCAGAUGGUGAUGAUGCAGGAUUGCUAAUUGUGAAGCACUGGGAAAAGUAUUACAAGAAUGUAUGCAAGCUUCGAUGCAUCCCCUUCUUUGCACGCUACAGACUAUGGAAACCCUUCUAUGUCUGGCACAGAAAUGUUUGUGCCAACAAGAUGACUUUGGCCAGGGAGUCACUACAAAAAAAUUUGUUUAUUGUCAUUCCGGUAUGUGCAUGUACAAAUUGAGGUCUGUUUUUAG